AUGAGCGAAGUAGAGCCUCGCGGCACAGAGGGUUUCUACCUGCCCCACCACGCGGUCAUAAAACCGACCAGCACGACGACCAAGAUUCGUAUCGUUUUCGACGGAUCCGCAAGGUCCAGCACCGGAUUAUCAUUAAACGACACCCUUUUAACUGAACCGACGAUUCAAGACGACAUCUUCGCACUCCUAGUCAGGUUUCGAUUGCACACAUAUGUCUUGACCGGAGACAUCGAGAAAAUGUAUCGUCAAUUUCUCAUAAGACCCGAAGAUCGUCGGUACCAGCGAAUAUUGUGGCGAGACAACGACGACAAGAUAAAAACCUACGAACUUAACACCGUCACGUUCGGAUUAUCUCCCGCGCCGUUCCUCGCCAUCAGGAGCAUUCAACAGUUAGCGGACGACGAAAGAGUUGAGGCUCCAGUCGCGGCAACCGUUCUGCAGCGCGACCUAUACGUAGACGAUUUGUUGACCGGAGCGGACACUUACACAGAAGCAAUAAAUCUACGGGAACAAACAAUCAGGCUUCUUAAAUUGGGUGGAUUGCACAUUCGGCAGUGGGCUUCAAACGAACCACGACUUCUAACAGGACUUCCGGAAGCCCAAAUGCACACCAAAUAUUUCGGAGACGCAACGGUCAAGACUCUCGGCGUCUCGUGGCAAGCGCGCGACGACCACAUCACCUACUCGGUGGAUCCGAAUAUCGAGACAAGAGUAACGAAGCGAACAAUCUUGUCCACCAUCGCGAAGAUAUUCGAUCCUUUAGGUCUGCUGGCACCUGUUAUUACGACUGCGAAGCUACUGAUGCAGCAACUAUGGCAACUGCAAUUGGCCUGGAACGAAUCCUUACCAGCCAGCAUCCACACCGAAUGGACCACCUACGUCAAGGAGUUGCCACUGCUAAAUCGGACAUCAUUCGAGCGACAUGUCUGUCAACGCGCCAUGCACGCCGUAGGAUUGCACGGAUUCUGCGACGCAAGCGAGCGGGCAUAUGGAGCCUGCCUAUACGUCCGUCUCGCGUCGCCCCCCUUGAAGGUCGUCAGCCUCGCAAGAUUAGAGCUGUGCGGAGCCGUACUCCUCGCGUCGUUGGUUUCGACCAUUCAUGAAAUCAAUGCAUUCAAUUUCGAUUCCGUGAGGUUAUGGACCGAUUCGACAGUGGUCCUGAGCUGGCUGAGGAAAGAGCCAUGCACGCUAAAAACGUUCGUAGCAAAUCGAGUGUCCGAAAUCCAACAGAAAACGGACAUCGCAGUGUGGCAUCAUGUCCAAUCAGAAGACAAUCCAGCGGAUCUGAUAUCGCGAGGACAGUCAUCUGCCAGAAUUUUAAACGAUUCUCUCUGGCGUCACGGACCAGAAUGGCUCGCCAACAACGUCACGGAUUGGCCCAAGUCACGAUUCAUCAUCACCUCAGAGGUUCCGGAAACCGUUCGCGCGCAUGUUUCGCGACCACAAUCGUUCGCAGCGAAGAAAUCCUGA